GUCGAAUCUAAUCUUAAAGACCGAGGAUCUGAGUCCAAGAAUCUUGUCUUUUGAUAGCCCAAACAAACACCAACCAUCCUCACCUUACCCUUACAUGAUCCAUUACCGGAAAAAAACCCACCUUGUUCGCCAUCUUAUCUUGUGCUCAAAAUCAAUCAUUUCUAAUAACUUUCGAACCCCCCAAAAAACCCUCCUCUCUGCUUAACCCUCUAUGCCAUGGAAAGCAGUCUGUUUGCAAACAAACCAGUGUAUCCUAUCCCAGUAAACAGGCCACCACCACUACCCAAUAACCCACCAUUAAAAUUCAGCUCUGCUACACUGCCACCUCCUCCUUCUCCUCAAUCCUCUUUUCAUUUUGACUCUCUCCUCCAACACCUCCUCCACCUCUCUUCCCCACCCAAUCACAAAUUAAACAAAACCCAAUUCCCUUCUCUUCAAAUUUCCAAUGAUUCUUCUAGUCACAAACAGCUUUAUAAGAACACAAGUAGAAAGCCCAUUUCGACUUCAGUUUCAGUUCUUGAGUUUGAAGUUGAGAAAGAAGAGGGUUUAUCUGAAAAUGAGUCGCUUGAAUUUCUGUCGAAAAGGGGUAAGUUGCUGCUUAAUUCAAUAAAGGAACAACCUUUGGGUGGUUUGAAUGCUUUCUUUGAGUCUUGCAAGUUUGAGUUGUUUCAAGUUGAUUUGAUUGGUGUCUUGAAAGCACUAGACCUUUCUGGCGAUUGUGAAAGAGCCAUUUUGUUGUUUGAAUGGCUGGUAUUGAAUCUAGGCACUGGAAAUGUGAAUUUAGAUAAUCAGGCUGUUGAAUUAAUGGCUAGGAUUCUUGGUAGGGAGUCACAACAUUCUAUUGCAUCAAAACUUUUUGAUGUGAUUCCCCUUGAUGAUUACUCGCUUGAUGUUCGAGCAUACACAACCAUUCUGCACUCAUAUUCGCGAUGUGGCAAGUAUGAGAGGGCUGUUGCUAUUUUUGAGAAAAUGAACGAGUCAGGCCUGUCGCCAACUUUGGUCACUUACAAUGUCAUGCUUGAUGUUUAUGGGAAGAUGGGUCGGUCUUGGAAUAAGAUUUUAGGUCUCUUAGAUGAGAUGAGAAGUAGAGGACUUGGUUUUGAUGAGUUUACUUGCAGUACUGUUAUAUCUGCUUGUGGGAGGGAGGGCUUGUUGGAUGAAGCAAAAGAGUUCUUUGUUGGAUUGAAGUCUCAGGGAUAUGCUCCAGGAACUGUUACUUAUAAUGCUCUACUGCAAGUAUUUGGGAAGGCGGGGAUUUAUUCAGAGGCUUUGAGCAUCAUGAAAGAAAUGGAAGAUAAUAAUUGUCCACCUGAUGCUGUGACAUAUAAUGAGCUUGUGGCGGCUUAUGUGAGAGCAGGAUUCUACGAGGAAGGAGCAGCUUUAAUAGACACAAUGACUGAAAAUGGGAUUAAACCAAAUGCUGUUACAUAUACCACCAUGAUAAAUGCUUAUGGCAGAGCAGCACAAGUGGACAAAGCUCUAAGUUUGUAUGACCAGAUGAAGGAGUCCGGCUGUGCUCCUAAUGUGUGCACUUACAAUGCUAUCCUUGGGAUGCUAGGGAAGAAGUCACAAUCAGAGGAAAUGAUGAAGAUACUUUGUGAUAUGAAAGUAAAUGGAUGUGCUCCUAAUCGUAUAACAUGGAACACAAUGCUUUCCAUGUGUGGUAAUCAGGGUAUGCACAAAUACGUAAAAAGGGUUUUUCAGGAAAUGAAAAGUUGUGGUUUUGAGCCUGAUAGAGAUACAUUCAAUACUUUGAUUACUGCAUCUGGCCGUUGUGGUUCAGAUAUUGACGCAGAAAAAAUUUACGAUGAAAUGCUUGAAGCAGGAUUUACUCCCUCUGUUGCCACCUACAAUGCUCUUCUGAAUGCUCUGGCUCGGCGAGGGGACUGGAGAACAGCGGAAUCAGUCAUCAAAGACAUGAAGAAUAAGGGCUUCAAACCCAGUGAAACCUCAUACUCAUUAAUUCUCAAUUCUUAUGCAAAGGGAGGGUAUGUGAAAGGAAUAAAUAGGAUUGAAAAGGAUAUUUAUGAUGGUCAUAUCUUUCCCAGUUGGAUGCUUUUGAGAACCCUUAUUCUUGCAAACUUCAAGUGUAGAGCACUAGCGGGUAUGGAAAGGGCUUUUCAAGCAUUGCAAAAGCAUGGAUACAAACCAGAUUUAGUUGUCUUCAACUCUAUGCUUUCUAUGUUUUCCAGGAAAAACAUGCAUGACCGAGCCCAUGAAAUAAUGCAUUUGAUUCAAGAGUGUGGACUGCAGCCAGAUGUUGUUACUUACAAUAGCUUAAUGGACCUGUAUGCCAGAGGAGGAGAGUGCUGGAAAGCAGAAGAGAUUCUGAGGGAGCUACAAAACUCUGGUGGCAAAUCUGACCUUAUUUCAUAUAACACUGUCAUUAAAGGCUUUUGUAGACAAGGACUCAUGCAUGAAGCCCUAAGAACUCUAUCUGAGAUGAUAUCUAGAGGAAUUCGACCAUGUAUAGUUACAUACAAUACUUUUGUUAGUGGCUAUGCAGCAAAGGGAAUGUUUGCAGAAAUAGAUGAAGUGCUUAGCUACAUGACUAAGCACGAUUGCAGGCCAAAUGAGCUAACCUACAAAAUUGUCGUGGAUGGUUAUUGCAAAGCAAAAAAAUUCAAAGAAGCCAUGGAUUUUGUUUCAACUAUUACGGAUAUUGAUGAUUCUUUUGAUUAUCAAUCUAUGCGAAGGCUAGCUUCUCGUGUUCGGGAGAAUAUGCAGUCAUGACUCACUUAAGCAUUCCAAUUGGAUCUUCUUGUUUGGUCCAUCAUGGGAACUAUUGAGUGAGUAAUCCUGAAAAAAAUUGUGAGCAACUGUUCAGCUUGUCCAUGAUUCUUCAAGGCUAUUGGUGCUCACUGAUCAGUGUUUGGAAACAAGCCAGUUCAAAGAGAGUAGUGAAACUGCUCGGGAUUGUUUUUCAGCUGGAAAAGAAAGGUCGAGGAUUUAAAUCAUCAAAUUUAAAUAGAAGAGCUUUAACUGGAGUAUCAAUGUCUGGAGGAAGUUGGGUGGUGGAUUGCUUCGAAAAUUGAGUAUUGUAAGUAUAAUUGGGGAAUACCUGCUGUAUUCUUGCUUAGUGUAUAUGUAGUACAAUUGUUUUCAA